AUGAAACACAAAGAAAGAAACAUGUAUCAAAUUGGGCAAAAAACUACCAAUAUCAAUAAAGCAUUCAUAGCCGAACAUAAUUUGCUUUAUAGAGUAGCAGAACAUCUUCCAUCACUUAUAUCUAAGAUAUGUACUGAUUCUGAAAUUGCUAAAAAUAUUCAAUGCGGCAGAACAAAGACUACUGCCAUAGUAAAAAAUGUAAUUGGUCAAUCAGGCUCCAAUACCAUCUAUGCAAUAUUAAGGUCAUCCAAAUUUUCUGUGAUCAUAGAUGAGUCAACAGAUAUAAGCACUAAAAAACAUCUAGUGAUUGUUGCCCGAUAUUUUUAUGAAAAUAAAAUUCAUGACACAUUUUUGACUUUAAUUGAAAUGAAAAGUUCUAGAACUGCCGAUAUUUACAAAGAAAUUGUUAAUUUUAACGGAUUCCGUUUUUACAAAACCUUAUUACCAUUAUUUAAUAAUUUAAAUAAGGAAAUGCAGUCUUCGGAGCCAAAGCUUUAUAUUCUUCAUUCUCGGUUGUGUAAUCUUUACAAAACCAUUUUGGAUUAUUUUGUAAAAAAAAUAUUUUAG